UGCUGGCAGCUUUGCAGCCAGCGCUCAACCGCUGCGCCACCAGGGGAGGCCCUGUUCAUAAGGUCUUUUAACUUAAUAACUUCAUGGUGUACUGUGCAUCAUAUUUAUACUGGAAGUUCACCAGGAUGUUACAUUGUUUGAAUUUAGAUGUUUCAUUAAUAUGUUGUUUAUGUAUGUGUUACCUGCAUCAGAUGAUUAUAAUGCCUGUUUGAAAAAUCCAAGGCUGACAUGAUUGGAUUUAAGCGAUACUACGAUAUAAAAAAAUAACACCUUAUUGAUUCAUAUCUUCCCUAUUUUUAGGGAAAAUCUUGAUCCCAUUCAAAGGAAUAGCCUCAACAAUAAUGAGGUGGUAUCUUAUUUUUUAUUUACUUUUUAUUUUGUUAUGUUUUUGAUGAGAUGACAUUUUAAAGUUGUAAAUCAUGGAUAUGCUUGUAAUAUUUAUGGAGGAUUGCCUGAAGAAUAAUAGUCUUUAUUUUUUGAUAUUAGUAGUUUUCAAUUAAUUUUUUCUCCUUUAUCACUGUUGGAGAAAAAACAUUUCCAUCAGUGACAGUGUGUGUAUUUGAAGGGGGGGCGCACUUGUUAUCAGAAUCUCCAUAUACAUUCCUAUCUUCUUUUGUACCAUUACUGGAACAGUGGCAUCCUAAUUGCUUUCCUUCAGCAUGUUUUGUUUCCCUUCUGUAUAUUUUUUUCACUCUGAAGGUUAUCUUUCGGAAUGGAAGUCUAAACAUAUCACCUCCUUUCCUGAAAACAGAUCCUUUCCUUUUUCUCAUUUCUUUUAAAAUAAACUCCAAAUGUGGUCAAAGUUCUGCAUGAUUUAGUACUGCCCAGCUAUCCAGCUUAAUUUUGAACCCUUUUCUUUAUGAUCUAUCUAGUGACACUGACUUGCCUUGGUUCCCAUCUCAGUUCUUCUACACAGAUUUUGCUAAUUUUAUUUUGAUCUACCAGAGUUCUUCACACUUAUCUCUCAGAGUAAUUCCUGAUCUCAUUUUGUUUAUGAUUUCCUCAGGGACAUCCUUCCAGACUUCCCUGACAGCUGACCUGAACCUAUUGUGUGCUCUCCCAACACUAUUUACCAAUCUCAUUUACUUGUGUGGUUUUUUUUUUAUUUUAAUUUGUGUGAUUCUUUAAUUGUGUGUUACUCCGUCACUGUAAUGAAAAUUUCAUGAAAGAAGAAACCAUGUCUCCUUAUUUACCAUUUUAUCCCCCACAUAGAUGGUGGUGAAUAAGUGUGUUAAAAGAAUAAAAGCCUUUUAUUUCCCUGGGGAUACAGAGGGGAACAGAACAUUGCUAUGCAUAUAGUUGUUGUGGUUUUUCUUUUUUUUUUAAUACAUAGAAGAACUGGGGUGUAGGCCAGAGGUGUGGGGGUGAGAGGAUUCACAAGAGACAGAGUGGGGAGCAGAACAGGUGGAUUUAUAGAAAUACACUGCUGAGGGGAGCAGCAGGUGAGAUAGGAGAGGUCUGUUGUGCUCCCUGGCCAAGAAUCAAACUCAUGAGACUUAAUUCUUUGUGCUACCAGGAAAGCCCUAGAUAAUACUGUCUUUAUGAGAACUCAGGAGAAAUUUCUCUGAUCUUAUGCCUAGAGAACAUUAUACUUUUCUUGAUUAACUGAUCUGUCUUUGUCUUGUUUGUUGUCUUCUACCUAAACCUUGUUUCCUGAAGCUCAGAGCCAAACUGGUAGCUCAUAUCUGAAAAUUAGGAAGGGGUUUCUGACAUACCCCUUUGUAAAUUAAUCUCAGUAUUAUUAGUGUCCUCUUUAUCUUUAGAAUUUUCACCGUGAUUUAUUUACAUGUUUGGUGAUUUAUUCAAUAAAGGGCUAUAAGUAGCCUUAUUUUUUAAAAAGAUUUAUUUAUUUAUGCAUACAUGAACUGGGGUGUAGGCCAGAGGUGCAGGGGGUGAGAGGAUUCACCAGAGACAGAAUGGGGAGCAGAACAGGCAGGUCUACCGAAAUACACUGCUGAGAGGAGCAGCAGGAGAGGUCUGCUGUGCCAUGUGGGUCAGCUCCCUGGCCAGAGAUCAAACUCAUGUUGCAGUGGCUGAGCGAUAGCUUGAUAGUCUGAGACCCAUUCCCUUGUACCACCAGGGAGGCCCUCUAUAAGUAGCUUUAAAGAGUAAUAAAAGUCACCAUACAGCUUUUGAAAAAGAAAGUUAAUCUGCUUGCUGGGUAAGAAAUAAGAUCAGUGUAUCUCUCCAUGCUGAACGAGAAAGAGGAAAAUGAAAGGUUAUUACAUAUUGGGAGAAAUUCUAACUAUUGUUCUGAUUGGUCAUUUGGGAAGUAGAAAUUCUGUGUUUUUUAUUCUUAUGUCACAAAAGCCCAGGCAUUGCUUUAUAAAGAUGUCUGAGGUAGAAUAUGAAAGUAUCUGUUAAGCUCAGGGAUAUACAGCCAGCACUUUUAUAUGCACAGGCUGGGAACUUUGCAGAAUUUUAUUUUAACUGUCCAACCUUAGUUCUACACAUGUAGAACAGCAGUCCACAUGUUCACCAUGUGUGUGUUGUGAUCUUUGUAGGAAUUCUGAUGAAAGGCCUUGGUAUUUAGCCUGACAAUAUCAGAAUCCCUUUGUUUUCUUCCUGUUGCAAAAUAAAUUUCUUUAGCGACUGUUGAAUUAAAAGCUGUGCAGUAGCACAUAUGAAUCUGAACAUUGAAUGACUGUAACACAAAUAAGAAUAAAGAGUCAUUUUAGAAUGAUGACUAAGUUUCCCUCACUUUGACCAGAUCAGUCUUACUACUCCUUCAGAGUCUUCUUUUGAUAGCCAAGCUGUCUUUUCUUUUAGUUUGAAUUUAGAUUGGUCAGCUAGCCCUGUGGUGUUAUAAGAUUGACUAGAGGAGUGGGCAACAGGAAGUAUUAGCAGCAGUAUUUCAUAUUUUUUUCGUGGCCUGCCAGCAAGAAAUCUGGGCUAUACUGUUAUCCACAACUACUUGGAUCAGUGUAGUUUCAUUUGUUGUAUUUUUUAAGACUUUACAGUCUUAUUUCUCUUUUUAGUUAAUGUUCUUAGCAAGUUUUUGAUAAUUUUUUCAAGUUAUUUGACCCCCAUAUUUGAAAAUAGAACCUUACUGAUCUAGAGAAAAAAAGGAGGAUCUGUUUUUUUCUAGAGGGAGAGCAGUGUCCUUCAGGAACUCCUGAAAUGCAUGGCCUCCUGAAGGAGUUGGGAAGGAAAUAACUAAAAUUAUCUAAUUAUUACAUUAUCACAUAUAGUUAUUACCUGUAUAAGGCAAGUUAGGUUUUUAUAAGGCAAAUGAGUGUGUUGAUUCAGGAAAUAAGGUCUAGAAGUACCACAUAUAAUUGUUAAAACAAAAGAGGAAUUACUUGUAACAAAAAUGAGUAAAUAGGAAUUCUCGGUUAUCUCCAGGGAAUAGAUAACUUACAUGGAGUUAACAAAAUUUGCAACAGUUGUCAUAGAAAUAGGGGGAUAUUAGGCUAAUUAAAAUGUGUAAUUUUGCUCAUGUAUUUGUACUGAGUCCCACUGGGUUGAGACUUUUAAGAUUGACUGGAGUAGUGAAACAACCAUGCAAAAUUUGCCAUGACUAGAUAGUGAAAAAGGUAUGCUGGAUUUUUGCAAACGAAGGUCUUUCCAGAGGAUGUAUUAAGACUGGAUCAAGGGUAGACUAUAAGUGCUUUGAAAUUGUAGUCAGUGGAUUUUACCAUUGUCAAUUUGUAAAGAAACUUUUUCUGAAACUAAUAAGAUAGCUAAGAUAUAAAUAUUCAAGUUCUAGUAUUGGGACAAACAUGAAAUCACAAAAUCUCCUGUCAGGUAGCCCCAGUACUCUCCUGGGGUAAAAUACCUAGUUUGGGUGAUGAAAGGGAAUUAUGUCAGGGGUUAAUCAAGAGGAUCACAUAUAAGUUAGCUAUAUAGAUUUCAGCAUGAGCCAGGCUUAGGCCCAAGCACAUUUUCUGUGAAGCAUGUUGAAAGAUUCAGCCAGUAAGAUUCAGAGAAUUUAUUAUUUACAUAAACAACAGAGGCAAGACAACUCCUCAUGUCUCUUGUCCCACAGGAUAAUACUGAUAGUGAAGAGGCAAGAUGGUCAUAGGCCACCUGAGUGGUAGUGCAUCCUGUUGCUAAGUUUCCAUACUGCAGCUUAGCAGUUUUUUAUGCCUAUAGUUGUACUACAAAGAGCAAGCAAGAUGGAAAAUCUUAGAUCUCAUUGCUCUCCAGAAAGGUGGAUAAGAAACCACUCCACAGUAGCCUCCCACAAAGUGGGGAGGUGGGUGAGAAAUAGUCUUGUAGCAACACCUCCUAAGACUGUCUAUCUUUCCAUAAUCUGGAGCAUCACAGAGCAUAUGACCAAAGCUUAAGUCAGCACAUGGCUGAGCCUUCCCUAUAUGGGCUAUGUGGAGACAUGAGAGGUUGCCAGGGCAAAGGCACAGAGCAGUUUCCAUUCAUGAAUAAGGGAGAAAUGUCAGAGUGAAUUUGAACAAAGGCAUGAAGAGUAUUACAAGCAAUAGUUUCAAUUAUCUAGGAAAUAUAUGUUCUAUUAAUCUUAUGAUAUGCAUUUUACUUCUAUAAAGUUUGUUACAGAUUGUUAAGAAGUUCUGGGUAUUAUAUCUUAACAUAGUUACUUGGUACAUUUUUUGUGUGUUUGAUGAUGUUCUGGCAUAUCCCAGGAACCUUGUAUUCCUGAGAAAUGUCUUUGUAAUAUCAUCCCUCAGGAAUAUUUGUAUAGUCUUUUAUUGAGGCUUUUGUGUUUCUUCCAGAAGACUCAGUUUCUGAUCUGUAGCUUGUAACAGGAGCCUUUAGCAGAAACUACCUGUGGAGAGAAGAUGGUGAAUUAGAAGAUGGUGAAAUAGAUGAUGCAGGAUUUGAAGAAACACAUGAACAGGAGGCAAAAGAGGACGAAAAGCAGAAAAAUGAGAAAGCCUAUAGAAAAUCAAGAAAAAAACACAAGAAAGAAAGAGAGAAGAAAAAAUCCAAGAGGAGAAAGCGUGAGAAACACAAGCAUAAUUCUCCAUCUAGUGGUGAUAGUUCAGACUACAGCCUUGAUUCAGAAGUGGAACAAAGAGAAAGUUCCCACAAAAAAAGAACUAGUUUCUACAGGGAUUAUGACAUUCCAUUUCCUCAGGUUUAUUAGGAAAAGGAGAAAGGAAAAGAGAGACACCUGCAUAGACACAGGCAGGCAGAGAGCUUCCGCUGCUGCUUUGCAAAGGGAAAAGCAUGGACAUGUAUCAGGAAGCUAUGUGACAUCAAAGAAGAGUCAACAUAACAAAAAAUAUAAGAGUAAAGAAUACGAUGAGUAUAGUACCUACAGUGAUGACAACUUUGGUAACUACAGUGAUGACAACUUUGGUAACUAUAGUCAGGAAACAGAGGAAGAUUUUUCCAGUCACUUGAAACAAUACAGGCAAGCUAAAGAAACCUCAAGUACUGCUUUAGGAUCAUCAUAUUCUAAAGAACCAGGGAAAAAACAAAGAAUGAAAGUUCAGCUAGGUAUUGAACAGAGAGCUAAAAGUUUUAAUGUUGGUCGUGGACGUUGUUUGACGAAGAAAAUCAAACGCAAAGACCGUGGAGGAAGAACCAAUAAAGGGCCUAAUGUUUUUUCAGGAACAGAUGAUUUUCAAGAGUAUAGUAAACCAGGGAAAAAAUGGAAAGUUAUGACUCAGGAAUUUAUUAAUCAGCACACAGUGGAACACAAAGGAAAACAAAUCUGUAAAUACUUUCUGGAAGGGAGAUGUAUUAAGGGAGAUCAAUGUAAAUUUGAUCAUGAUGCAGAGUUGGAAAAGAGGAAAGAGAUCUGCAAAUUUUAUUUACAAGGUUAUUGUACCAAAGGAGAGAACUGCAUUUAUAUGCAUAAUGAAUUUCCAUGCAAAUUCUACCAUAGUGGAGCAAAAUGUUACCAAGGAGACAACUGUAAAUUUUCACAUGAUGAUCUGACUAAAGAAACAAAGAAACUUCUGGACAAAGUAUUGAAUACUGAUGAAGAACCCACAAAUGAAGAUGAAAGGGAGUUAGAAGAACUUAGAAGGCGUGGCAUAACUCCUCUUCCCAAACCACCUCCAGGAGUUGGACUUCUGCCAACACCCCCAGAGCACUUUCCCUUUUCUGAUCCUGAAGAUGAUUUUCAGACAGAUAUUUCUGAUGAUUUCAGGAAAAUUCCAUCUCUUUUUGAAAUAGUUGUAAAACCUACUGUGGAUUUAGCACAUAAGAUUGGGAAAAAGCCACCAGCAUUUUAUAAUAGUGCCUCACCGCCAGGACCACAAUUUCAGGAAAGCAGCCCACAUCCUCAACAUAUCUAUAGUUCUGGAUCAAGUCCAGGUCCUGGAUCUAAUAUGACUCAGGGACAAAAUAGUCCUGUGAUGCACCCAGGUUCCCCAGGACCUCAUCCUGGUCUACCAAUGCCACAUAGCCCACCUUUGCCACCUGGUCCACCUGGAAUUAUAGGCCCUCCCAGUCAAGCUGGAGUACUUGUUCAAGAUAUACCUUUAACACCACCAAAUAUGAGUGGUACUUACCAUUGCCUGGGCUUUCCAGAACAUAUGAUGAAAGUACCUAGAGAGAAUCACUGUUCUCCUGGUUUAUCACAUCUGCAAAGUCCUAGUGAAAUGCAACUCAACACUAAUUAUGAGUCCCUACAAAACCCAGCUGAGUUUUAUGACAAUUACUAUUCACAGCAUGCUGUACAUAAUUUUCAGUCACCCAGUAACUCCAAUGAUGGGAUGUGGCAUGGUGAAUUUGCCCAGCACCAGCCUUCCAUUAUUCAAGACUCACUUAACCACGGGAGUGGAUCUGAUGGCAGCAAUAUGACAUCUCAUGGCCCUGUGCCUGCACCAAGUCUCCUUCCUGCAAUGCAGAGAGCUCUCUUUGUCAGAUUUACUCGGAAAUACCAAGAAGAUGAAGAACCAAAUAGCACCCAGCCUCAAAAGGCAUCAAGCAAGGAAGAAGAUGAUACCGUUAACUGGUAUUCCAGUAGUGAAGAAGAAGAAGGAAGCAGUGUCAAGUCAAUACUGAAAACAUUGCAGAAGCAAACGGAAACUUUAAGGAAUCAGCAACAGGCUUCCACAGAACUCAGUACCCCUACGGAUCCAAGACUUGCUAAAGAGAAAAGUAAAGGAAAUCAAGUUGUUGACCCUAGACUUAGGACUAUCCCAAGGCAAGACAUUAGGAAAUCUUCCGAGUCUGCCCCACUGGACCUUAGGCUUGUGUGGGAUCCGAGGAAAUUAAGAGGGAAUGGAAGUGGUCAUGUAGGCUCUUCUGUUGGUGGAACAAAGUUUGAUUUACAUCAUGCAGAUGCUGGCACAAAACACAAAAGAGCAGAUGAUGAUGAUGAAGAUACAGAAAGAGAACUGAGAGAAAAAGCUUUCUUAAUACCUUUGGAUUCUUCCCCUGGUAUUGUGCUCCAGGAUCCAAGGUCACAAUUGAGACAGUUCAGUCACAUUAAAAUGGAUAUUAUCCUAGCCAAACCCAACUUUGCAAAACACAUCGUAUGGGCUCCAGAAGACUUACUUCCAGUCCCUUUACCUAAACCUGACCCAGUAUCUUCAAUCAAUUUACCUUUGCCCCCUCUUAUAGCUGACCAGAGGCUCAGUAGAUUAUGGAAUACAAAAAGUGAUCAUCAAAAUACAGUGUCCACUGAUUCAAAAUUAGCAGCCAAAACCAAAAUUAACACAACAAAUAGAGAAGGCUACCUAGAACAACUUGGAGACUCUCAUAGUUCAGGAAAUAAAUUAGGAGAUCCUAGACUGCAAAAAAACUUUGAUCCUAGGCUUCACAGACACAAUACAGAGUCUCAUCAAGCUGUUCUGAAAGAUUCACACAUAUCAAAGGGUGCCCCUCAUUUAGUCAGAUCAAAUCCUGGCUCAUCACAGCCUUCAAAGACAGUAGUUAGCAGUUCUAGUCCUGGGGCUUUGCCUCCAUAUGCCCCUAAACUCUCAUCUUCAGCUGGCCUUCCACUGGGAGCUACAAGUUCAGUUCUUAGUGGUAUUAGUCUAUAUGACCCUAGGGAACAGAGUUCCUCGUCUGCAUCAGAGCUAGCAACAGAAAAUGCAGAGAACCAGAAAAAAUGUGGUGGUUUAAAAAGUAGUGACAAAAAUGAGCCUUCUCCUGGAGAAGCAAUCCUACCACAGAAAACCACUCCAAACAUGGAUGUCACUGUUGACGGGCCAGCUGACCCACAGGCAGAUAGUGUCAGGGGCCCUGGUUUGGUUCAGGUCCCAGCAGUGCACAGUCUUCCUAUUCAGGCAUUAACAGGCUUAAUUAGACCCCAGUACAGUGAUCCAAGGCAGGCAAGGCAGCCGGGACAGGUGAGCCCCAGUACAGACAAUGAUCCCACUAGAGAAACGGACGACAAAUCUCUGAAAGAGGUUUUUAAAACUUUUGAUCCAACUGCUUCACCAUUUUGUUAGCUAUUGUGUAUUUAAGCAUUUCUUUUCACUCUUGUGACUAUUGCAGUCCUCUGCUGUUUUGUAACUGGUUUACCUCUAUAGUUUAUUUAUUUUUAAAUUAUGAACACUUUUCAGCUGCUAGUAUCAGAACCACAUGAAGUUAUAUCCUCUAAAGCCUGUGGUAUUUUAUAUAAUAUUUUUAUAACUUUAAGAGACUGUAGUAAUUGACAUAGAAACCUAUAUAUCAUGUUAGCUUCAGUAAAAGUACUUUUAUUGUAAAUAAACUAUCAUGAACUCAACACACUGCUUGAAUAUAUGCCAGUUGUCUUUCAUAAUCAAUGUUUAGAUUAAAUGAUUGCCAUUUUUAUAUGGUUGUUAGUUUCAAGCAAUAUGAUGUAUAUUACUUUCGAGAAACAGUAUUUUGACUAGGUUUCUCUGUCAACACAGAACUGAUUAAUAUGUAAUGCUCAUUGCUAACUAAAAUAUAAAAUGAACUAAGAAAACAUUUUUAAAAUCACCAGUAGCAGAGCAGUUCAUGUUUAAGGGCAUCACUUUUAUUAGUAUUGGCAAUAUUAUUUGUGUAAAGGAGGCAUUUGAAUGUCAUUUCUUUGAAGUAUUUUAAUGUCUAUUGUAUCAUAGAAGUUGGAAAUAUAUAGAUUGUUUUGCUGACGUGAAAGAUCCCCAAGUUCUCUAACAAUUUUUAAAAUUUAAUUUUUCAUAUUAAAUAGUUAUGAGUUCCUAUUGUUACAUUGUGAUGUUUAUGUGUUUCUAUGUUUUUUUGUCUUAGCAGCAUAAUAUAUUUCUUUUUCAAAUAAUGUAGCUGCAGUAAUUGUAUACAUCAUGACUUUGCAACUUUUAACCAAAUUUUAAAAGAGCCAGUGAGAGUCUGUAGUGAUAAUUGCAUUGAUAGUGUUUUGAUGUCCAGGUUCUAUAAUUCUUAAAUAGCAAGUAAACACAGAGAUUGAAGGUAUAGUCAACUGUAUAUGGCUACCAAUAAAGAAUCUCUUUCAGAUCUCACCUGACUGACAUUCUAUAACACAGGAGACUAUCUGAUGUUUAAGUAUUUAAUGUCUUCUCAGUGAAAUCUAAAUUGAUUAGAAAUUACAUUUUUAUGAAAAAUAAUGUAUACUCAUUCUCAUGUGUUUAUUGUAGCAUAUAUAGUGGCAGCAUUAUUUGUUGAAUACAUAUUAUUUAUAAUUGAAACUAAGUAUUCUACUGCUAUUCAUGUCUUGAACUGGAGGUAUAUGAUAGUGUUUACUGAUAACAACUCCAAUAAGUAACUGGAAAAGGAGCAUUUCAUCAUAAAAGAUGGUGAGAAUAGAGAAAAAUCAUUCCUUCGAUAAAACAACCCUUGAGAAGUGAUCUUAAAGAUGAAUAAUGAAAUAUUUCUGUGGGAACCUAACAGCACAUGGAUUAAUAUUAAUGCAUAUCCUAUUCUUUUUAUAUUUUUUUAACUCUGAUUUGAUCUAAAAUGGGAAGUGUACAAACUCUGCGUACUUAAGAAGUUUAUUGUAUUUUAAGUAGAAAGGAGGGGUUAAAUUCCUACUGUUUAUACUUUGGUUACAAUACUGCCUAAAAUGACUAUAGGGGACAGUUUUUAGUUAAAAAACGCAGUUUGAAGCCACCAUAAUAAGGGUGUUUUUUUUUUUAUUUAAUGCCCAAAUGAACUUUAUUACUAUUUUAAAAGUCUCAAUAAAAUGAAUAAAGCUGAUAAAAAAGAACACACAUACACACACAUUUGGAUUCCAAAAUAUGAUACCUCAUCAAGGAUAGAAUUGCUGAAUUUUACUUUGAAAAGAUCAAAGUGGAAUCCAACUUCUUCACAGAAGAUCUUUUUACUACUAAAAGACGUUACAAUAUUAACGCCUAUUAGGCAGUGUUCAUUUACUUAGUGUUUUUGAGUGUCUAUUAUACCAAGUUUCCUAUAGGCUAUUUUGUAAGAAAGUUUGGG